AGAAUCGUUCUUCCGCCAGGCAGCAGCGUUGACUGCGUCAACAAAUCUCAUAUAUCCUAUUGGUGCAACUCGCGUGGUUAGUCGUCCGCGUUCGUGUCACUGUCUAGGUAAGAGAUGUACUAUGGAUGGAUCAUUCAAAACUACUAUUUCUAUCAUGUGCAGGUGCUGCAAACAGCCAUGAGGCGAGAGAACACGAAUAAAUAGAGGUAACCAGUUUUUUCUUGCAAACGAUCACUGAGGUGAAAAAAUGUUGAAAUAACCUUGUUACUGACUUUCGAACAACGUAACCGGACAGUCAGUGAUUAAAACUGUAAAUGCGGUAUAGACCGCUACCGAUAAAACUAAAAAGUACCAGUUCACAGCGCGAUGCGAAACUUACGCCGUAUGUUUGGAUUUAGAGAAGUAUUUCGUCAACCGGGGUCGGAAUAUAUUUUUCGAACUACUAGCUAGCCUUCGUGGAGUACGAGGUCUACAUUUUCCAUCAAGAGACUUUGACACAUUUUUAUAACAAUGUGGUGGCUAGUCAUAUUGCAGCUAGUGUCUGCCACCCCUUAUAGUGGCGAUGAUAAGUUACGACGAGUGUGUCUUGAAAGGAAUUUUAAUGAGGCGGGUGGGACCCUGAUCGAACCGAGCAAUAGGACGACGUGCGCGUUAUUCGCCGAGCAAGGGCUCUACGUUCCGUACAAACUAAAGGCGACGGAGCGCAAUGGAGUUAUUCAUCUCACGGGAACAGUGUUUGGCGCAGGCAGUUAUGAUGGUUUGCUUGUCACCUGUGGACAGACUGGCACUACAAAGUGCCUUCAAAUCUACUCUAGCCCCGGUGAGAAGAUGAACAAUGCUUUCAUACUCUACUCAAAUGCAGAAAUCGACCUCGGUAUUCAAAAGCUUGGCCCUGUGACAUACGUAGCAUCAUUGGAUUGCAAAGAUGGUGUACCAGGCCAGCGAUAUUUUGAAUUUCGAAAGGCACCGUCAAAGGACGAACUAGACAACAUAAAAGCGCAUUACGGUGUUACCAUUGACUCCAUUAAACUUUUUGACUGCCUAGAGAAUAAGAAUAAGGUCUUCGAAGCUUCAUAAGUAGGUUACCAAUGAUACACAGGCAAAAGGAGUGAUCCUGUGUGCCUUACCCCGUGACGCUUUCGAUGGAACAACAAGAACUAUGUUUUCAUUAUAAAAAAAAAAAAAGCAUAAAACAUACGAAUUAAUUUUUUCAUGGAAACACUCAACAAUGCUGGUGGACUACACAACUAUCAUAAGUGAUAUAUUAAGUUGGAAUACAAAUUCGAUGUGUUUCUGAUCCCAUCUUUCUCCCCUACCAUCGUACUACUUCUUUACUUCUGUAUGCCAUUCGAAGGUUUCCCUCUACUGCGUGAAAUAAAUCGUUGUACAGUGAAAAUAAAUUUUAUAUCGAGUUCAGAUUCGAGGUGGAAAAAAAGGAUGUAUCUCAUCUACUUUAUUUUGCCUUUCACCGAUGUUAAGAUCUGCCAAGUCAGCCUAAGCUAUUUGUGUUGUGUACAGUACAAACUUAAAGUGAAACGGCUGCUUAAAGAGGUUCACUGAAUUCAAAGAUGAAAUCUUUGAAAGGGAAACUCCACUCCGGUAGGCCUUCCGGGGUCCUCGUGGACCUCGGGUAGUCUACUAACUUGUUCUUCUGCUGCGAACACCUGACUUGUUAGGCCUCUGGAAUAUACAUAAUCUAAUCAAAACUUAGGAGCCUGGAUUAGGUAAGGCACAGAAGGGAACAAGGCUAUUCAUUAACCCUUAAUCGCUCAGCACCGGGCCAAAACCUCAGGUUUCUACACAGAGUUGUCACCACUGACAAGAACAGUUUUUCCUCAUUGAUGUAAUGCAGAGAAAGAAAUGAAAAGUUUUGGGAGAUAUGCCUAAUCCAGAAUUGAAGUGAAUUUUCAUUCCAGGUGCUGUCAUACGUUUGGUGGGACUGAAAGGGUCUUACAGAGUAGAAAAUGUCAAGAAGAACUAGGCGGCCAAUUUAGUUACAUCGAAGUAGAUUAUCCGAACCCGAAAAGGCUUGAUGGAGGAAACCAAAGUCAUUUUUCUUGACGACAAGGCUAGGCCGCAUUUAACAAACCUUGUAAAAGCCGCCUUACAAGACCUUGAAGGAUGGGUUCUUUUGCGUAUUUUCCAGACUUCGUUCCGACACAUGAUGACCUUUUGCGGACAGAUUAUCACUGGCAAAAGAAAUAAGUAAUCAUACAUCUGACGCAGAAGAGCUUCAAAACCUGAGUGGAAAAGCUCUUUAACGUCAAACUUGACAAAAUCUGGCAAGAAGGAAUAUAUAUAUUGGGUGACAGACAGAAGAUCGUGAAGAAUGAUGGCGAAUACACAAGGCAUUAAUUUGUUGCUAGGAUUCGGGUGAAACGCUGCGUUUUUUAUCAAGUAAAAAAAUACUUAUGUUCCAGCCUCAAAAAUCUACCUUAAUUGACAACCAUGAAAAAUUUCGCAUUUCUUAGUGGGUCUUCAAGCUGAAGCUUUACAGAUCACAAUCUAUAAAAGCAAAGACAGUGCCCACAAUCUGUGAGAACGCAUGCAUAAUCAAAUAAUAUAUAUAACAUAGUUAGUAAUAACUACUCAUAUAUAAAAGGCACUUUAAAUUCCUUCCACACACUGUACGAGAACAAGAAGCUGUAUCUUUACGGAUCAAAACUUAGUACAAAUAUGAGAGGUUCUUAACUCUGAUGUUUUCUAAAUAUCGCUCUACAACGAAUAAGAAAAAUAUUAUUCUAUUAAAUAUUAAUUUUCGUUCGAGAUUGUUUGCCUUAUCCUGUCUAUCUUCUGUCUAACAAGAACGUGCUCUAACCUUAAUUCUUCGCGCCAA